UGAAAAAUCUCCUCCGGGAUUCUCUGUUCAAGUCCAUCGGAUCCCAGGACUGGAAACAGAUUGAAAAAAACAACAACAACCUUUGGAGACCCAAGAGAUCCACAGGGUCCUUCUGGAUCCCUGUCAGAGAAGAGGCCAAAAUGGAUGCAAUCCACCCAGAAUGGAAAGGCGUGGGGAAAGACCCCAUUGCCGCUCAGCCUGGGAACGGUGUGGAGGUCUGGGUAGGACCUGGGCAGAAGAUCCCAGAGGAGGAAGCCCUCAGUUCUGAGAUCCAACAUUGGUACUUCAGGAACAGCCCCUUUCAGGAGGCCGAAGGACCGCGAGAGCUUUGCAGCCGCCUUCAUCGUCUUUGCUGGGGGUGGUUGCAGCCCGAAAAGCACACCAAGGCUCAGAUGUUGGACCGGGUGAUCUUGGAGCAGUUUCUGGCCGUCCUGCCGAGGGAGAUGCAGCGCUGGGUGCGGGAGUGCCGAGCGGAGACCACUUGCCAGGCGGUGGCCCUGGCCGAAGGUUUCCUGCUAAAUCAGGCGGAGGAGGAGGAGGAGCAGGAAGGGUAUCAGGUUCUGAGGUCUUUCCUGGAGAUUGGCAUCAAGUGUCCUGAAGAAAAGGUGGAUCCUGCAAAUUCCUCUCACAGUCCAUGUCUCAGAAGGAUUUCCAAGGAGGAUGGUCAAUAUCAGGACAACUCAAUAGGGAGCCAAAUGGAGCCACCGUUGUUCAUCGGUUCCUCUCCUUGUACUGAUGGAGAUGAUGAAUCUCCAGCUCAGGGUCCUGUUUCUUUUGAGGAGGUAGCCAUCCAUUUCAACAAUGAAGAGUGGUUGCUACUAGAUCCUAACCAAAAAACCCUGCACCGAGAGGUCAUGUUGGAAACAUCUAGGAUUGUGGAUUCUUUAGUUGAGGAUCCGGACACUGAAAAUUACCAAGAGCCAGCUGUGGUGCCAUCACCAAUAAUCAAAAUUGAAAUACAAGGAGAUACGUCUUCAGAUAAGUGCGGAAAAGGAAGAUAUGAGGAAAACCAGUCUUACAGUUGGAGAGAAAAAGCCAUUCUCAAAUGCACAGAAAUGGAUAACUUCCUGACCCAACAGGAUUGUAAAGAAAGCAGAAUGGGAAAGCGUCGAGGAAGUGGCGAAAUACUUCAAGCGAAACCCAACUUCAGUAACCAGCGCAAAACUGGAAAGCAUUUCAGUCAUCAGAGCAACGUUAUUCCCCGUAAAAUGAUCCACGUGAGGGAGAAGCCCUAUAAAUGUGUGGACUGUGGAAAGAGCUUUAGGUGGAGAGGAAAUCUAACGAUCCAUAAAAAGAUCCACUCGCGGGGAAAACCCUACAAAUGCGCGGACUGUGGAAAAAGCUUCAGUAUGAACAGUUCCCUUACUUCUCAUAAAAGGAUCCAUACGGGGGAGAAACCCUUUCAAUGCACAGUGUGUGGGAAGAGCUUCAGUUUGAACAGGUGCCUUGUUUCUCAUAAGAGAACCCAUCUAGGAUUGAAACUUUAUAUAUGCAAUGAAUGUGGGAAAAGUUUUAUUUUCAGCAGCUCCCUUACUAAUCACAUUGGUACCCACACCAGAGAGAAACUAUAUCACUGUACUGACUGUGGGAAAAGCUUCCGGUGGAAAAGUCACCUUACUUCCCAUGAAAGGAUGCACACAGGGGAGAAACCCUAUGAAUGCAAGGACUGUGGGAAAAGCUUCAGUAUGAACAGUUCUCUAAGUUCUCAUAAAAAGAUCCAUACAGGAGAGAAGCCCUAUCAGUGCAUGUUGUGCGGGAAGAGCUUCCGGUUGAAAGGUCACCUUACUUCCCAUAAAAGGAUGCACACGGGAGAAAAACCAUACCAGUGCAUGGAUUGCGGAAAGAGUUUCAGUAUGAGUAGUUCUCUGACUUCUCAUAAAAGGAUCCACACCGGAGAGAAACCUUAUAAAUGUCUGGAAUGCGGGAAAAACUUCAGCAAAAGCAGUAUUCUUAAUUCCCAUAAAAGGAUCCACACAGGAGAGAAACCCUAUCAAUGCCUGGAUUGCGGAAAGAGUUUUAACAACAGGAAUCACCUUACCUCCCAUAAAAGGGUCCAUACAGGAGAGAAACCCUUUAAGUGCACAGAGUGCGGAAAGAGCUUCAGUUACAGCGAUUCUCUUACUUCUCAUAAAAGGAUCCAUACAGGAGAAAAACCCUACAAGUGCAUGGAGUGUGGAAAGUCCUUUAUUCAGAGCAGUCACCUUACUUCCCAUAACCGAAUACACACCGGGGAGAAACCAUAUAAAUGCACGGAGUGCGGAAGGAGCUUUAGCAGCAGCAGCUCCCUUAUUUGCCAUAAAAGGAUCCAUUCGGGGUUGAAACCUUACGUAUGCAAGGAAUGUGGGAAGAGUUUUAUUUCAAGCAGCUCCCUGACUAAUCACAUUAGUAUCCACAUAACUGAGAAACUGUACCAGUGCGCAGAGUGCGUGAAAAGCUUCAGGUGGAAAAGUCAACUGAUUUCCCACAAGAGAAUACAUACAGGAGAGAAACCCUAUCAAUGCGCGGACUGUGGAAAAAGUUUCAGCCUGAACAGUUCCCUUACUUCUCAUAAAAGGAUCCAUACGGGAGAGAAACCCUACAAAUGUGCAGAGUGCGGAAAAAGCUUCAGCAAAAGCUGUAACCUUACUUCCCAUAUCAGGAUCCAUACGGGAGAGAAACCCUAUCAGUGUACAGAGUGUGGGAAGAGCUUCAGUUUGAACAGUUCUCUUACUUCUCAUAAAAGGAUCCAUACAGGAGAGAAAAAAAUAUACAUUAACGAUGUGUGGAAAGAACUGAAUGUGGAACAAUCAAUUUAUUUCCCAUAAAAAGACCUACAUAAAAGGAUCCGCUUUAAGGAUGCAGAAGUACAAGAAUCCUGUGAAAAGAGAACGAAGGAAAUGGAGUCGAAACACCAAGCAGCUGAGAAAGCUGGAAAAAGGAGCCGUCGGGCAGCUUGGGCGCAAACCGGGCAGAAGAUCCUAAAGGAGGAAGCCAUGACUUCAGAGAUCCAGCGCUGGAGCUUCCGGAAUGUCCGCUACCAGGAAGCCAAAGGGCCGCGAGAACUUUGCAGCCAUCUCCAUCGUCUUUGCCGUCGGUGGCUGCAGCCAGAAAGACGCACCAAGGCCCAGAUGUUGGAUCUGGUACUUUUGGAGCAGUUCCUAGCUACCCUGCCUUCAGAGAUGGAGAGCUGGGUGCGGGAGUGUGGGGCAGAGACCAGCUCCCAGGCGGUGGCCCUGGCCGAAGGCUUCCUCCUGAGCCAGGCGGAGGAGCAGAAGGAGAAGGGAGAACUGCAGAUUCUGGAGAUGAUCACAGAACAUCCCAUGAGAAGGAAAGACCGGUCUGAUCCGACUCAGGAGCUGCUUCCCACAGUCACCUCCCAGAAAGAUGAAAGUUGGGACACCUCUCAAGGGAACAGAAUAAUGUCGCUGGUCUUUGUAGGAGCAUCUCCUUUUUCUGCUGGCUCCGAGAGAGCAGCUGGAUCUGCAGCUCAGGGUCUCGUGUCCUUUGAGGAGGUGGCUGUGGAUUUCUCGGAGGAGGAGUGGGCUCAACUGGAUCCUCACCAAAAGGCUCUUCAUGGAGAAGUCAUGCUGGAAAACUCCAGGAAUGUGGCCUCGCUGGGAACGCAGAGGACUUUCCCCCGUACUCCGCGGAAACGAACAACCACAGGAGGCAAGCCGUAUAAAUGCUUGGAAUGUGGGAAGAUCUUCAGCAAGAGUAGCAAUCUGACUUCCCACAAAAGAAUCCACACUGGGGAGAAGCCAUAUACGUGCCUAGAUUGCGGGAAAAGCUUCAGUCGGAGCAGUAGCUUUUCGGCGCAUAAAAGGAUCCACACUGGAGAGAAACCAUACGAGUGCCCCGAGUGCAGCAAGCGAUUCAGUGAGAGCAGUCAUCUCAUCGCACAUAAAAGGAUCCACACGGGGGAAAAACCUUAUGAGUGCAUCGAAUGCGGGAAAAGCUUCAGUCAGAGCAGUAGCUUUGCCGCACACAGGAGGAUCCACACGGGGGAGAAGCCCUACAAAUGUGUGGAGUGUGGGAAGAGCUUCAAUACCAGCACGCACCUGACUUCUCACAAAAGGAUCCACACAGGAGAAAAACCGUACAAAUGUACGGAGUGCGGGAAGAGCUUCAGCGAAAACGGGGCUCUGACGUCGCACAAGAGGAUUCACACAGGGGAGAAACCGUACAAAUGCACGGAGUGCGGAAAAUGCUUCAGUCAGAGCAGCUCCUUUACGCUUCAUAAAAAGAGGCAUAAAGGAGAGACACCGUAUUUAUGGAUCAAAUGGUGAAAAAGUAUUCCAGUCUGCGCUUCCUUCCUUUCUCAUAAAAGGGUCUACAAAGGAGAAGAAAUGGAGUGUCGGCGUCAGAAAAUGAGCACAAAUGAAGCUCCAGACUGCUUCCACGGCAUCCUAGCCGGAAGCCCCAGGGGAUUCUGGGGAGGAACCAGGGUCAAGAUCCCGGAAGAAGAAGAAGAAAAAGGUGCCCUCACUUGGGAUGUCCAGCGCUUCAGGGACUUUGAGUACCGGGAGGCCCAGGGGCCGCGAGAGCUUUGCAGCAGACUCCACCAGCUUUGUCACCAAUGGCUGAAACCAGAAAGGAACACAAAGGCUCAAAUGCUAGACCUGGUACUCUUGGAGCAGUUCCUGGCUGUCCUGCCUGCAGAGGUGGAGAGCUGGCGUUUCGUCACCAUUCGAGGAGACGUCGUCGGUGCAUUUUGUGCAAAGAAGCACAGUUCAAAGUGCACCGACGAUGUCUCCUCAAAUGGAAGCAGAACCAUGUCUCAGUUUUGUGAUGGAAGAGAAAAAACAACCGAACCUCCAGCUCAGGGUCCCGUCUCUUUUGAGGAGGUGGCUGUGUGUUUCACUGAAGAAGAGUGGGAUCUUCUAGAUUCCAACCAGAGGGCUCUCCAUGAAGAAGUCAUGCUGGAGAAUGCUAGGAGUGUGGCCUCUCUGGAACUGCCCAAACCAGUCUCCUGGCUGGAAGGACAAGAUCCAUUCUUCUGGAAUUCUGAAGCAGGCAACGGGCAAAAAAACAGGAAGUGCACGGAGCCCCCUCUGAAGUACUUUAGUCAAAAUUUGCUUUCCAGUUCAUACACAGGGGAGAAACCCUACAAAUGCUUCGAAUGUGGGAAGAGCUUUAUUAUGAGCAGCCACCUGCUUUCUCACCAGAGGACUCACUCGGGGAAAAAGUCGUAUAAGUGCUUGGAGUGCGGAAAGAGCUUCACCCAGAACUUCAGCCUGACAGUCCAUCAAAGAACUCACACUGGGGAAAAACCCUACGAAUGCGUGGACUGCGGGAAGUGCUUCAGCCGCAGCCAACAUCUCAUUCAGCACAGAAGCAUCCACACAGGGGAGAAACCAUUUCAAUGCACCGACUGUGGGAAGUGCUUCAGCCGCAGCCAGCAUCUCGCUCAACAUCGAAGUAUCCACACCGGAGAGAAACCAUAUAAAUGCACGGAGUGUGGAAGGCGCUUCAGCAAUAGCGGAAGUCUAAAUACCCACCAGAGAACUCACACAGGGGAGAAACCCUACAAAUGCCUCGAGUGUGGGAAGAGCUUCAGCAAGAGCAGUAACCUUACAGCCCAUAAGCGGAUCCAUACGGGGGAGAAGCCCUAUCAAUGCUUGGAGUGCGGGAAGAGCUUCAGUAAAAGGGGGAACCUUUAUAAACACCAGACGAUCCACACAGGAGAAAAACCUUACACCUGCAUGGAAUGCGGAAAAAGUUUCCGGAUGAGUGGAAACUUUUAUAAGCAUCAGAGAAUCCACACAGGAGAGAAACCCUAUGAAUGCCUGGAGUGUAGGAAACGCUUCGCCCUCAGGCACCAGUUGACUUCACAUCAAAGAACUCAUGCUGAGGAAAACCCAUUUCGAUGCUUAGUGUGCGGCAAGGACUUUAAGUAUAGCGAGCAACUUACUCAGCACGAAACCACCCACAUGGCAUCCAGCCAAAAUAGAGACGUGGUUGGAGAAACUUCAGCUCCCUUUGAGAGCUCCUAUUUCUCUUUAUAUCCUGACAAUAGUUUAAUCUCCUUUAUUUGGUCAGGAAACCGGUGAUUAUUGUCUCUUUUGGUAUCUGUGGAGGAGUUUGUGAAUAAUCUGAACCAAGAGACAUAAUGGA